AACCAGCCGCCUGACUGUGCGUGAGUGUGCGUGUGCAGACUGUGGCGCGUGCUCUCUGCUUCUCUUCCGUCGCGUUAAAGAGCGUUUACAGCAAACAACAAGUUUGAUCCACGGCUGAAACAACAAGCGCCAUGGCUGCUCUGUCAGGAGGAGAGACGUGCAUCAAAUACCUGAUGUUCGCCUUCAACCUGGUCUUCUGGCUUGCAGGUACGGCUGUGUUUGCUGUCGGCCUUUGGCUGCGAUUAGACCCGAAGACCAAAGGCCUGUUUGAAGGAGAAGACUCUCCGUCCGUGUUUUACACAGGUGUGUAUAUCCUGAUAGCGGCUGGAGCACUGAUGAUGGCGGUGGGGUUUCUCGGAUGUUGUGGGGCGAUCCAAGAGUCCCCCUGUAUGCUGGGAACGUUCUUUGCUGUCCUGCUCGUCAUAUUCGCCGUCCUGGUUGCCGCUGGAAUCUGGGGAUUUUCCAAUCAGAGCAAAGUGGUGAAUGACAUCACAGCAUUUUACCGGCAGACCUACAACAACUACAGGACGACGGGAGACGAGCGGCUCAGAGAGACACUGCGGCUCAUUCAAAGUGGACUGAAGUGCUGCGGUCCAAACGGAGCCCUGCUGGAUGACGACAAAGACACCUGUCCCCGCGGAGAGCUGCUGGAGCAGCUCAUUACUAAGAGCUGUCCUGAUGCCAUCGACGAGGUCUUUGACUCCAAGCUACACAUCAUCGGAGGAGUGGGCAUUGCCAUUGGAGUUGUCAUGGUGUUCGGCAUGAUCUUUAGCAUGCUCCUGUGCUGCGCCAUCAGGAAAUCCCGGGAAGUGGUGUGAUGACCUCUGACCUGCACGUCACAGUUCAUGGUUUAUGUUGCAUGACAUCAUUCCUAGAGUCAGUGACUCUCCACUUCUAAUAGAAACACUGUUUUGUUCACGGGGGGGGACCUUCAUUAGACUGGGUGCAGGUAUUUCUGAUUCUUCUUCAGUAUUAUUACAGGAUCAGUUCUAACUGGACUGUUGUUGACACUUUUCUGGACUAGAUAUAGAUGUGACGUGGUUUUUUAAGCCCAACUAUAGAGCGGGUGUCACCUGUGCGGUAACAGCAGCAGCAGUGUAGUACAGUAAUUGUGGCCGUUUGUUUGUGAACUGCUGAUUAUCUAAAUGAAACUGUUGUGUCAUGUGUACUGCUCACAUUUCUACUGCUACCACUUGGGGUCACGCACUGGCAAUAAGAGUCCAGGGAUUAAAAGAGCAGUUAAUAAUCUAACUCACAACUGAACACUGAGUCAUGAACUGAUGUGCUUGUGUUUUUUAGAGUGAGGACAAAUUCCUUCCUUUUUUAUUGUCUUCCCCCUCCUUCUCUUCCCUUUUAUGCUCUGUUUAAUUUAUUUUCUUGGUCACUUUCUGUAAAUGUGUAUUUUUUUUUUUAUAUUUUUUGCAAAACAUUUCUAAUGCUUGAGUGGUGUGCAUGGUCUGAUUGUACAUUUUGUAACGUCUAUGUCAUUUUACAGAAACGGGCUUGAUUUAUACCAUAUUGUAUGCACUAUGUUUCACAGAGACUAAAAAAUAUAAUGAUGAAAGCCAAAUAAACUAAAAUGUAUUAAAUGAA